UCUCUUCAGUCUGACUGAUCCUGCGGAGACUGUAACACAUCAGAGGACUCGCGUGCUUCACAUGUUCUCUCCCGCUGCAACCUGUCGCGUGAGGAUUUUUAAACCCGAAACAGAAAAAUAACCGUUAAGGAUUUAAAUUGUAACGGAAAUCCGGUGGAGGCUGUGAGGGGUGUGGAGAGACCCGCGCUGUUUAACUGAGCACAGCUUCAAAGGUCUUGUGGAGUCCACGCCUCGACGAGUCAGAGCUGUUUUGGCAGCACAAAAGGGACCUACACAAUAUUAGGUGUCUGAGGUCACACACUUAUACGCAGCAUGACCAGUCAACCUUCUGUCUGCUCCACUGGCUUCAGCCACGUGUAACCUGGAGCUACAUCCUGCCCAGGAAGCUCGUUGCAUAAAAUGUCAGCGUGCAGUGAGUUUGCAGAGCACGUGUGGAAACCGGGAUCCUGUAAGAACUGCUUCCACCCACGUAGUGCCCACGCCAACGCUAAAGGCAGGAAGAGCUUGUGCGGGGACCAAGAGGAGGAUGAAGGCACCUCAGUUUCGCCCUAUAUCAAGCCCACUAUUGCGGUCAAGCCCACCAUGAUGAAUUUGGACACCACUGAGAUGGCAGCAGAGUUUACCAUGAACGCACAGCAGGCCCAUAAGAGCCCGACUGGACUGAAGAACAUUCUGGAUCUGUCAUCUCAUUACAUCGACAGUAACGGCUGCAGUAAAGCUCUGAAGGAUGUGGUGCAGCAGAAUGGCAUUUCCACAAAGCUGGAUUAUUCCAGCAGGACUCCUGUGUCUCCUAAAGCCCCGCCCACCACAGGCUGUGUGUUUAUCGUGCAGGAGGAAUGCCGCAAUCCUAUUGGUCUAAAAGAGAACUUAAGUCCACAGUUGGCCAAAACACCCAAGUGCACUUACAUCACUUCCUGUGAUUCACUUUUACAUAAUCAUAAACAGGAAGUGCAGGUGAAAACAAACACAGCUACAGGAAGCAUAAACGGGACUGUUAAUGGUGCAUCCACAGAGAUACUCAGUGUUUUUUCAUCACCCGCGGCAACCCCGGAAUCCCUUAAUAAUGCCAGUCUGUCGGAUUUGUUUUCACAUUGCAGCAGUACAGACUCGCUGACUGGCCUGGCCACGAUUCAGUCAGAGCCAGUCUAUGCUGAGAGCUCAAAGCGGAAAUGCCGUCCUCGCCGAAAUGCUGAGGUCAUCACCGAGGUCAACGACGAUGGGGAAGGUCAAAGGGCGACCAUCACUGUCAUGGCCGCCCACACGGAGAAGAACAACUGCACCUUUUACCUGAGCAGCCCCGAUUCUGCCGUUAGCACUCAGUGGCUCCGUUUCAGCCCCAGGACCCCUGAUGACCCCUCCAGCCCUGUCUUCAACUGGCCAUCUUCCCCUGUCGUCAUGGGAACAACCCCAGUGUCCACAGGCCUGUCCAAGCAGACCAAAGCAAGCCCACCCAUUCCGCCUAAAAGAAGCUCACGUUCUCCAAAACUCGGCACGUCCAGUUUGUCUCCUCUUCCUGAGCUUAACUUCCACGUGACUCCGCCCCUAAAACUGUCUCAGGGUGACGCCCACUCCUCCUGUCCAGUGCUGAGCAGCUUGUGGAGCUCAGAGCCUCGAGCUGAGGAGGAGAAAAGGGAGGAGGAGGAGGAGGAGGAGGAGAAUAAAACAGAAAGAGAAUGGAAGGACAAGUGUGACUCUACGCCUGGCACUGAUGAGAGAAACAACAGUCCCAGUGAGAACGAAGGCGAGAUGAAAUCUGACAGCAGCAGCAGUGAGCCCAGACCUCCACUGCCUCCACCCAAAAAACACCACCGCUCCUGUGUUAAGCUCAGUGUGAGCAGUAUGGAAUUGGAUCAGCGAGGAUCAGUGGAGUCACUCCCUCACUCAUUGAAGGAAAUGAACACAGCUUCUUCAGAUAGCCUGCCGGCUCUGUCUGAUUCUGCUGUUCAGGAGUCGACUCAGCGCUCCUGUCCCUCCCUGUUCCCGAGUCCGAGUCUUUGUCCCCCGCCAUUACCGGAGAAAAAGCUCCUGAGCCGCACCACCUCCUCUGACACCGAGACGAAGGUCAAAGGACACGCUGUCACUUCCUGUUCGUCUCCUCAGCUCUCAUAUUCAUCCUCGACGUCUCUGCAGACACUCCUGAGCAGCGGGGCAAGUCGGGAGUGUGUGUACGCACGGUUGGGUGGACUGUACGGCGAAUGUGUGCGCCGUUUGUCGCUGAAGUGUGAGGAGCGUUUCACACACACUCAGAAACACACACACCGCUUCUUCAACGAGCACGAGUGGAGUCUGUUCAAACUGAGCUGCAGCCGCGCCGUGUGUGUGACCAGGGACGCCGCAUACUACCCCGCCUCCUGCUCCUCUGACACACAUACACCCUACGCUGUCAAGAUCUGUAAAGGCCAUACCCAGGAAGUGAGGCGGUCUCACCUGUUUGGUCUGUCUGUGCAGCAGUCGAUCCCACCCCACUUUAACCUGCAGCAGGACUGUGGUCACUUCAUCGCGUGCGUCCCUCUGAGCAUGCUCCCUGGCCAGGAAGAGACUCUAGUCCCACCUUCUUCCCCACCAGGCCCCACCCCUUCGGAUCAACAGGAGCGUGUGGUGGUGAUCACACGUGACGUGCCGAGUCAGAGUGUUGCAGACUUUGUGAGCGAGUAUCAGUCGUUCCAUCGUUCUCAUCCCGAGGUGUAUGAGCGGCGCGUGUGUUUCCUUCUGUUGCAGCUCUGUAAUGCUCUCGAGCACCUUAAAUCUCAUGGCGUCACUCACCGUGACCUCUGCCUCGAAAACAUGCUCCUUGUGCCCCAGAGACGACCUCCGAACUCUGACCCCACCCCUCACGAGCCUUUACCUCGACUCCUAAUUAGCAACUUCUCCAAAGCGAAGCGGCGCUGUGAGACGGACGAGAAGCAGCGGUCUGAGCUGACCCGCAUGGCGCCCGAGAUCGUCUCUGCCUCUCAGUACCGCAAGGUCGACGAGUUCCAGACGGGUAUACUGAUCUACGAGAUGCUGCACCUGCCCAACCCUUUCGAAUCCGUCCCAUCACUCCGAAACCGUCAUUACCGCAUCGAGGAGCUCCCCUCCAUCCCAUCCAUUUCCAUCUACUCAUCCGGACUGGAGCGCCUCGCCCGUCUCCUGUUGCGUCCCGACCCGGACGAGAGGAUCCAUAUUGUAGAGGCUAAGCGUGGCCUGCAGAGCCUGCUGUGGGGGCCGCGCCGGGAGCUCCUCGACCGCGUCUCUACUGACAACAGGAAGGACAAGGACCACGACACGCUGUUGAACUGGCUGGAUGUGAAGCGUGCACUGCUCAUGAUGAAGUUUGCCGAGCGCUCGCUGGAACCCGAGAAGAGCACGGAGCUUGAGGACUGGCUCUGCUGUCAGUAUUUCUCCAGCACACACACACCGUCCCUGUUGCACACUGCCCAGAUGAUGCACAUCAUCAAACCCUCACAGUGAGUGAGUGCGCGAGUGAGUGCGCGAGUGAGUGCGCGAGUGAGUGCGCGAGUGAGUGCGCGAGUGAGUGCGCGAGUGAGUGCGCGAGUGAGUGCUACAUUCAAGUAUUGUCUGCAUCCCUUUCUCCAUUCCUGCUGUUUUUAAACAGGUCUUAUAGUCUUGACAUACACGUGUCUGCUUUGAGCACAUUUAUUCGUGAUGGUGCACUUUGUUUCAUAGGUUUCAGCACUCCUGCUGGGUUUUAAACACAUCUUAAAAUCGUUCUCACUGCCACAGAGAGACCGCUGUCCUCCUGAGCGUGUGUGUGAUUUUCCACAUGCGCUCGGUCAACAGAAAUGCCUCAGUAAAGACAGAGAGGGACUUACAGCUGUGUGCUGAUAUUAAGUCUCUGUAUUACUGUUGUGCUGAGACAUUUCAUGUGCAUUUCUAUACAUUUCAGCACUGACAUUACCCUAUAUUGUCUAGUGUUACUGUAAGAAUCAUUAUUUAGUUGCCAAGUUAAGCCUCUGCUGUUGGAUACAGUAGUGCACACUCCUUCACCUGCCUAUGGCUGUAAUAUAGACAUACCAUGCAGUUACACCAUUUUUUUUGUUAUUAACAUUUAACACUGAGAUCCUGAACUCUAUUUGCUGAUGACCCUUAAAAAUGCAUAUAUUAAUAGACAAAGUGCACUGAUUGGUUGCUAGAAAACACUGAGCACCAAUCAGAGUUGAGAUUUGCUGUACCGAGUCACACAGUGAAACACUUUGAUUCCUCGAACAUGAUGUUCAUGCCAUAUCUGAUCAUAUUUAAAUAACAUUGCAGGGUUUACAACAACAAUAAUAAUAGAUGUCUGUAGUCUAAAGGCAGUCUUUAUACACUGUGUUAUGGUGUGUUCAGACUGUUAAAAAAAAUAAUAAAUAAAAAAAGAAUUAAAAAUGUAUCAAACUUGAUUAUCUCCAGAAAGAGUGAAACUGAAAUUUUACUCAUUUAUACAUGUGUAUGGAAACUGUGUGAAGCAGGUUUUAAUGAGGAUUAGUCUGAUCUCUGAAAUGCCUGUUUGUUUGUCUAUGAUUAGCCAGCGUGUAUGGUGUUUGUUUGUUUUUUUUUUACAGCUGAUAUUCGAUGCGAAAAUCACUGUAGUGAUGCUGUGAGUUGAAAACGACGCUCUGAAUAUUAUUGCCUGUAAUUAACCUGCUGGAAAUUCAUCAAUAAACUGUAAAUAUCUUUUCAGAACUCUGGAUUCUUUUAUAUUACAUUUCAUAUUUCACAGUACACUUUUAGUGUGUUUCAGUCUCCGGUAAUGUUUAUAUUUACAGAUACAGUUUAUCGAGAGCAACCUCCAAAACCUGCAAACAGCUGAAAGAUGCGAAGUUCUUGGAAAUGAAAACUGCAUAGUUAACUCUAACGAGAGACAUUCAGGACCAAAUUCCAUGGUGUGUUUAUCCUGUACGUCUCAAUGCGCAAAUGUGUUUGCUUACAGUAUAUAGUACUUUUAUUUUGAGCUUCAUCCUUGGAGUAUACAAGAGCUAGGCUACAUUUAGGGUCAUUGAGAACUGGGAUUAGAGGAAGAUUUUAGAGCUGCACUAUAAUAAUUAUUAUUAUUUUAUAUAGUGCCUUUCUCAAUUGAUACACUCUAGCAAAUGACAUAAAAUCUACAUUUUGUAGUAAUUUUCACAAUUUAAAUUAACAAAAAGAUCACCUUGGAAAAAGUAAGUACACCCCUACAUUUAUCACACCUUCAAAUCCAUAAAAUAAGAAUCAGGUGUUCAAGAUUGGGAGCCAGUGAUUAGAACCUGCUUAGGGAGUGCAGGUGGAAUCUGUGUUAUUUAUACCCCUCUCAUAUCUAGUGUCUGGUGUUCCCUUUGUUAUUGAGGUGUGUGGUAUCAUCAUGCCAAGAUCUAAAGAGUUCUGUAAGGCCUUCAGAAAAAAGAUUGUGGAUGCCUAUGAGUCUGGCAAAAGAUUUAAAUAGAUCUCCAAAUUACCUCACAUCAGUGCAUCAUUCCACUGUAAGGAAAAUAAUCUACAAGUGAAGAUGAUUUCAAACGACUGCCAAUUUGUUCAGGACUGGCCGUCUCAGCAAAUUCAGCCCAAGAUCAGACGUCUGAUGCAAAAAGAAGUCUUUAAGAACCCCAAAAUGUCAUUAAAGGAUCUGCUAGUAAGUCGUGCAACUGUUGGUGUCAAAGUGCGUGCUUCUACAAUCAGAAAGAGAUCACACACAUUUGGCUCACUUUAAGUGAAUAAGUUUUUGUUUUUUUGUUGUUUUUUUAAAUGCAGCUUGCCAUGUCACAGAGAAACAAAGCGUAAACUCCUCUGUCCUGUAGACUUUCUUAUGUCAGGGUUACAGCUUUACCUCUGACUGUUACAAAGCACUGACACUGAAGACUCCUUCCAUAAAUGUGCAAGAAAUGUCUCCAUGCAGAAAACUUCACAUCGACUAUUAUACACUUUUUUUCAUAAAUAACAUGUUUUUUCAUUAGUUUUGUUAUUAGCCUUGGAUUAUGUACUGCGUUUGCCAUACACGCCCCUGUGUAGGUUGUUACUAUAGAAACUAUAUCAUAUUAGAACGACUGCAUUGAUAUAAACCUGUGAUUUGCAGCUGGCACUACUGUCAGAGCUCCUGUUAUAGAAAAUUAAUCAACACCUUCUGACCAAUCAGAAUUCAGCAGUGCUGUAGUGUAAGUGACUAUUAAAUAUUUAUUUCUAUAUACAGAUCAGACUCCUUUGAGAGGCUGGCAGUUUAUUUAGGUGUCACUGACAUCUGCUGACCAUUUUACAGUAGGGUUUUUGGUUUUUGUUUUUUUUUUACUUUACAGCUCUUCCAGAAGGGGGCGCAUAUAAGCAUUGCCACGUGACUGCGGUGGACUUGUGUGGAGGCUGAUGGGAAAUUGCGGAUGCAGGUGGCACUGCGUUCACAAGCAGGUUGUGGUAUUUGUGCAUGACCAAAGCUCUUAAUUUUAAAAUGAGAAUAAUGUGUAUGUUUGUUCAAAAAGUUCACCAGACUUUAACAUACCCAUGACUGAAUCAGUAAUUAGUGUGAUUAAUAACAGGAAUAAAGGGAACAGUCAAACAUCUAACUAAGGUUAUUGUGGUUUGUAACAUUUUUAAUGUGUUAUUAUCUAAGCUGAUUAUGAUUGUGAGUCAGUGUAACAUAUUUAUAUUUGCUUCAAAAUAUAAAUAAAAAAUCAAUAGAACCCCUCAUAGAAUUUGUAAUGGUUUUAAUAGUUAUAAAGGGAAUUGUGUUGGUUAUAAUGGAAACCGUAAUGGUCCCUGUGGGUCUCUACUGGUAAUUUGUUGCUUUCUAUUGGUGGUGUUAUAUCUAGUGGAUACCAAGGACCUAUAAUGGUAAUGGUUAGCUGAUGGUUUGUAAUGGCAUUUGUAGUGUAAACCAUUAGAAUUUCUGUCAUGUUUUCUAUUGUUUGUUUUGUUGUUUACCGAGGUUAAAUUUGGUGUUCCACAAGGUUCUGUUUUAGGCCCACUGCUUUUUACUUUAUAUAUGCUACCUCUAGGUCAAAUUAUUGGUAAACAUGGAAUUAUCUUCCACUGUUAUGCUGAUGAUACAUAGUUGUAUAUUUCAGCAAAGCCAGACGACAGACAGCAGCUUAACAAAGUUGAGGAAUGUGUAAAAGACAUUAGAUGGAGGAUGCUUAUUAACUUCCUUUUACUUAAUUCUGAUAAGACAGAAGUACUUGUACUAGGACCGCGUGUAGCUAGAAGUAAGCUUUCUGAUUACAUAGUAAUUCUGGAUGGACUUUCCGUUUCGUCAUGUGUAGCAGUAAAAGACCUUGGAGUGAUUAUUGACUCCAGUCUAUCAUUUAGACUAGAUUAUUGUAAUGCCUUACUGUCUGGAUGUUCCAGUAGGAGCAUAAACAAACUCCAGUUAGUCCAGAAUGCAGCUGCUAGAGUCCUAACUAGAACCAGAAGAUACGACCACAUCAACCCGAUCUUAUCAACACUGCAUUGGCUCCCAGUGAAAUCACGCAUUAAUUAUAAAAUACUAUUAUUGACUUAAAAAGCACUAAACGGUCUCACGCCACAGUAUCUAAACAAACUUUUGGUUUUCUAUGAUCCGCCAUGCCUACUUAGAUCAAAAGGUGCAGGUAUUUGACAGUACCUCGAAUAGCGAGGGCUACAGCAGGGGGAAGAGCUUUCUCUUAUAAAGCCCCACUGUUAUGGAAUAGUCUUCCAAUUAGUGUUUGGGACUCAGACACAGUCUCAGUGUUUAAGUCUAGGCUUAAAACAUAUUUGUUUACUCAAGCCUACCAUGAGUAGACUUUCUGUUAUGCAAAGCACAGUCCUAACAAUCUCUCCCUCUCUCCUUCUGCUGAGCCACACACGAUUUUAUGGAGAUACUAGAGAUUCUAAUCCUUUCUGCUCUCCAGACCUGCCUGAUCCGUUCGGAUGCCCUACCUCUGGAUGGAGCGCUCAUCUACUCCAAUUCCAGAUGGACACACUCACUGUGGUUGAUGAGACUACGGUUGCUUCUAAGGUCUCCUUUGAACAGUGGACUAGUUCAACAAACAGACUUUAUAUUAAACCAUAAUGAACUUUCUUUUACUUUUACACAAUCCAUUGUUACCCAGAUGAGGAUGGGUUCCCUUCUGAGUCUGGUUCCUCUCAAGGUUUCCUCCUCUUAACAUCUUAGGGAGUUUUUCCUCACCACCGUUGCCACUGGCUCAUUCAAUUGGGAUAAACUCACACACUUAAAAUCUGUGUCCUGUGUUUAUAUGUUUCUGUAAAGCUGCUUCAAGAC